AUGGAGCCGAGGCCAGCGACGACACCACAGCACGCCUCCCGAGCCGCCGCCGACGCCGACGCCGCGCUCGCCGGGCUCGGCUACAAGGCCGAGCUGCCGCGGAACCUGGGCAUGACGAGCAUCCUCGGCCUGUCGUUUGCCAUCAUGGCGGUGCCCUUUGGGCUCUCGACGACGCUCUACAUCACGCUGUACAACGGGCAGUCGGUGGCGGUCCUCUGGGGCUGGGUGCUCGUGUCGCUCAUCUCGGUGUGCAUCGCGGCGUCGCUGGCCGAGAUGUGCGCCGUGUAUCCCACCGCCGGCGGGGUGUACUACUGGUCGGCGAUGCUGAGCACGCGCCGCGCCGCGCCGCUCGUGAGCUUCGUCGGCGGGUGGCUGACGCUCGUGGGCAACUGGACCGUCACGCUGAGCAUCAACUUCUCGGGCGCGCAGCUGGUGCUCAGCGCCGUGUCCCUGUUCGACCCGGACUUCGCCGCCACGCCGUGGCAGACGGUGCUGUGCUUCUGGGCCGUCAUGCUGGCCUGCGCCGCCGUCAACGCCCUCGCCUCGCGCCACCUCGGCGCCGUCAACAGGCUGUGCGUGUGGUGGACGGGCGCGAGCGUCGUCGUCAUCGUCGUCACGCUGCUCGUCAGGGCCCCCGCGCGCCGCUCGCCCGCCUUCGUCUUCGGCCACUACGACGCGUCGGCGAGCGGCUGGCCGUGGGCGUGGUCCUUUUUCGUCGGCCUCUUGCAGCCCGCCUACACGCUCACCGGCUACGGCAUGGUGGCCGCCAUGUGCGAGGAGGUGCAGAACCCGGAGCGCCAGGUGCCGCGCGCCAUGGUGCUGUCCGUCGUGGCCGCCGGCCUCACGGGCGUCGUGUACCUGGUGCCGCUGCUCUUCGUGAUGCCCGACGUGGCGGCGCUCCUGCGGCACGCCCAGCCCAUCGGCCCGCUCUUCAAGACGGUCGCGGGCUCGGCCGGCGCCGGCCUCGGCCUGCUCCUCCUCAUCCUCGGCAUCCUGCUGUUCGCCGGCGUCGGCGCCCUGACCGCCGCCUCGCGCUGCACCUACGCCUUUGCGCGCGACGGCGCCGUCCCGGGCCACCGCCUCUGGAGCCGCGUCCACCCCCGGCUCGGCCUGCCGCUGUGGGCGCUCGGCCUGUCCACCCUCGUCGACUGCCUCCUCGGCUGCAUCUACCUCGGCUCCUCGGCCGCCUUCAACUCCUUCACCGGCGUCGCCACCAUCUGCCUCUCCAUGUCCUACGGCGUCCCGGUCCUCGUGCUGCUGCUGCGCCGCCGCCGCCCCGUCCGCGCCUCGCCCUUCUCCCUUGGCCGCUUCGGCUACGCCGUCAACCUCGUCUGCGUCGUCUGGACCGUCUUCGCCGUCGUCAUCUUCUGCAUGCCCGUCUCCCUGCCCGUCGACCCGGGCUCCAUGAACUACGCCUCCGUCGUCUUUGCCGGCUUCGCCGCCGUCGCCGUCGCCUGGUACUUUGCCCAUGCGCGCCGCAACUUCCACGGGCCCCCGAUCCUCGCCACCGACGAGCUCGUCGUCACCGGCGCCGUCGCCGACACCAACGCGCCCGCCGACUCGGAGACGCCCCGUGACGCCUGGGACAAGAAUUAG